AUGGAGACAAUUUGGCGGAUGGUCCAAGAGACCCAAGAUUCGCUUUCCGACGAUGCAUUGAUGCCCCUGAAAUCUUACAAAUACUCAAGUGUCGAUAAAUCGUUCAUUUCGAAUCACAUUCUCAGGCACUACUGGAAUGCCUUCGUUGAACUGCUUCCAAUGUGGAUCGCCCCUAACAUGGUCACGCUCUUGGGUUUCAUGUUCAUUGUUUUCAAUGUGUUUCUCAUCGAGCUUUUCAUGCCCGAUAUGAUCGGUCCGGGUCCUUGGUGGCUGUACUUCAGCUUCGCCUUUGGAAUGUGGAUGUAUUCGACGCUUGACAAUGUGGACGGAAAACAAGCGCGCAGGACGGGAACAUCUAGCGGUCUGGGAGAAUUAUUUGACCACGGAAUCGACUCUUUGAACUGUACGCUGGCUAGCCUCUUGGAAACUGCAGCAAUGGGCUUCGGUGCGUCGAAGUUGGGUGCCUAUACCGCAAUUGUGCCCUGUCUGGCGAUGUACUUCUCGACCUGGGAGACUUACCACACUCACACCUUGUACCUCGGCUACUUCAACGGUCCCACUGAAGGGCUCAUCAUUGCGAUCAGCAUCAUGCUUGCCUCUGGCAUUUGGGGCCCUGAAAUUUGGUCGAGACCUAUCACCGAUCUUAUCAACAUCCCGCAGCUUUUCGGAACCAACUCGGUCAAGGAUCUCUGGGUGCCCAUUCUUCUGGGUGGAUUCUUCCUGGCUCACCUUCCAGGCUGCGUUUUCAACGUUUACGUGGCGCGCAAGAAGCACGGCCUGCCUUUCACUCCUCUGCUGAAGGAAUGGAUCCCCAUGGUUGUUUUCACAGUGAGCACAUGUGCCUGGCUGUUCUCGCCAUACUCGUGCCUUCUCACCAACAACCACCUCGUCUUGUUCUGCUGGACUAUUUCCUUCGUCUUUGGCCGAAUGACCACCAUGAUCAUUCUGGCUCACUUGCUCCGCCAACCGUUCCCCUAUUGGACUGUUCUGCAGGGACCUCUUGUCUUCGGCGCCGUGCUGGCCAACCUACCGCGCAUUGGUAUUCCUCUGAGCCACACAUUCGAAGUCUGGUACCUUCGCUUUUACUUCGUCUUCGCCCUGGUUGUAUACAUGCAUUGGGCGGUGCUUGUGAUCAACCGUAUCACUACAUUCCUUGGCAUCAAUUGCCUCACCAUUCGCAAGGAUAAAUCCAUUGCCCGCGAGCGUGCUUAUCGUGAAUUCGGCGACUCCGGAUUGCCUCUAGCCGGCAGCUCGCGCAGCUCACGCAGCUCUCGACCUUCCUUCGACUCGGACGAUGAAAACUUGAAAAGCCAUUAG